UCUGAAUUACCUUACUCCAUCAACCAAAAAUAACAGCAUGUCCCUCUAAUGCCAAAAUCUGAAAAGCAGGAUUUUCACUAAAGCAGAGGAGACUCAGCCAAAAUGUCGGGGUGGGGGGUGGGGAAAGGGGGAUGGAGCAAGGUGUUCAGACCAUUCUUAAACAAUGCUCUUCUUUCCUAAGAUUCCUGCUGCUAGAUCCAGAAGAGAUUCAUGGACCUCACCAUUAGCAUUUGGGUCUUCUUGAUCCUCUCCUACUGCCUCUGUGAUUCAGAAGCCCGAAAAUAUGAAGCUAUCCUCUCUGUGCCAAAUGGAGGACGAUGGGGCACCUGGGGACAGAGAGAAUUUUGUCCCAUGGGACAUGCUACUGGCUUUGCACUGAAGGUGCAACCACCCCAAUCAGUGUGGGUUGACGAUACGGGUAUGAACGGUAUUCGUCUCAAAUGUACUGAUGGGACAACCAUUGAAUCUAAGAGUGGACGAUGGGGAAAUUGGACAGAAUUUCAGAAAUGCCCCAAAGGCAACUUGGUUUCCUUCUCUCUGAAUAUGGAAGAACGUCAAGGACUACUUGAUGAUACAGCAGUUAAUAACAUCCAAUUCAGCUGUGGAGAUGGGACUGCACUAAUGGGCCGGGCACAUAUCUGGGGUAGAUAUGGCCCGUGGAGCAAACUUUGUGCUGCUGGCUCCAUAUGUGGAAUGCAGACAAAGGUUGAGGAAGACCAGGGCUUUGGAGAUGAUACAUCUUUCAGUGAUGUAAAGUUCUUCUGCUGUGCUUGAACCAAAAGCAUUUGGCCCUACUGAAACACAUCUCUCUGUGUUCUACUGGAUUUUUUAAAAUAUGAAUCUUAACACAAUUAAAUCUUAAACUAGGAAUUUUAU